AUGCAGACACCCAGGCAACAGCGGCGAAUGACCGCGCCUGCUGCGUCGCUCCAACCUCCCGAGGGACGCACUCUGCCGAGCAACAACUCCUCACGACCCCCCUCGCCACUGCGCAACACGUUCACCGGGAUCGAUCCAGAGGCUUCAGGCAGUGGCGACGACGAAGAUGAUGAUCGAGCAGAGUGGACCCGAUCACCGUCCCCCUCGUCCUCUGUGUCCCAGAUGGCUGCUAGUUUCGCGCGAAGCAUGGGUUCACUGGUCAUGCCCACCACAGGCGCGCGGAUGCCGACAGACGCAGAACUUGAAGCGGAGUCGCAGCUGGCGCGUGACCGUAGCCGUAGGGAGGCGGAGCGUAUUUUGACGAAGGAAGCGGAGGACCGAAGAUUGGUCGAGGACCGGGUCAUGGCUAUGAUGGAAAGCACAAGGGGAUUGCCACCACCCCCGGCGCGGUCCCAGUCUAUGGAUCCACCGUCGCCGUCGUCGUCCCAGAAAGAGAGCAGUGGGUGGUGGGCAGCGGCGAAAAACAGACUGACGCCAACCAAGGACCUGACUCCGGCACAGCAGGUCAUACAGGAUACGAAAGCUCGGGAUAAGGAGAAGAAAAGCAGUAAAGGGAAAGAGAAGGAGUGGCCGGCAAACUCGCAAGCCAAAUACACGAAUCCAUCAUACACUAGUCUUAUUCCCCCCUCCCAGCGACAACCGGCACCGAUGAGCUCACCCUCAAACUCCAUACCUACAACACCCAUCCGACCCCAAGCGUCUAACAUGCCGCCGAAUCUCACACCAUCACCUAUGCGAUUCGAUGCAUCGGGCUCACCGCGAGAUCGAGACCGAGAGACACCCCCACUGUACGCACAUUUCGACGAUGUGACAGGGACCCUGGAUGUGCAUGUCACACUGCUCACAAUCGCCAAACGCUUCGAAAAGCUGGAGAAGUGGACAGUGGGGCAUGUGCGUGCUUUGGAGGAGAGAAUGGGUGACGUGGAGAGAUGGCUGGUGGAAAAAGAGAACGAGAAAGAACAGCAGUCCCUCCAUGAGAAUUCUGCCAAGAAGGCGAAGGACGACGAGGACGGCGAAGCUGGAUUGACCGAGAUUCGGGAAGGACUACAUGAGCUUCAGAGUCGAGUCACGUCACUUGGCAGGGAAAUGGCCAAGCUUGCCACUGCGCCAGCCAACUUGUCCCAAGCCACGCAGGCUCGUUAUCCUUCGGAGUUGUCGGUUGGACCAACGACCCCGUCUUCUUCGUUUGCAGUCCCAAGUGUAAGUCCGGGCCCCAGUCUCAGGAAAACGGCGACGUCGCCGCCCGUAACGACGCCCCUCGCGACGGGGAGCACCAAGCUUCCAUAUCCCAGCGGAGAUUAUGCGUCGCCUCCGCCGGACGUGUUUGGUGCAUCUCAGACGCGAUCUCCAGAAGCUGUUGUGUCCGGUUUGCCGAUGUCCUCGACGGACUCCAUCCACUCUCUUAAAUCGCACUCGAGUUCUCAGGACUUGCCGAUUCCCAAGCCCUCGAGCCGAGCCAUUGGCCGGGGCAGCGUCAGCCCCACACCCCGGAAACGCUACACCGUCGCGCUGGGUGGUUCUGUCGAGUCCGAUUCCGAUCCGGGCUUCGAUAUUGGAACCGCUGUGUUCUCUGGUUCUGAUGGGGAGGAGCUGGAUGGAGGUGACACGAUUGGGAAGUCCACUGCGAACAAGCUGUCCCGUGGGCGCAAUGACAAAGAGCCCCGGAUGCGGGCGCAGUCUGCUUACGGGAUGUCGUCGAUCCUUCAGGCGUCUCCCAAUACUACUGCGCAGUUGAGCUCCAACAGCUCACGGCUACCUCAUGCGCGCUCCAAGUCGAUCGAUCGGUUUGGGAGUGUAGGCCCUUUUGUCGAUCCCCUGGUGUUGCGGAAACAGUCCAAGGACACCCUGCCCAAACCGGUGCCGACCGGCAAGGUUGGAGUCGGCAAGCUCGUUGCGUUCUUCGACGGCGGCGAGACCAAGUAG